AAGUCGGAGAGAGAGACCGUUAAAAUCUGGCUUUCGGUACACGCGUUGUUGGUUUUUUUUUUCUCGUUUUCAUUCGCGUCAUUUUCCCGUAAAACCUCAAGAGAAAGAGUGAUGCGCUCGUGCUUCUCCGCGCGUGCUUGUGUAACGUAAAACCGGAUCGCGAUAUAUUCGGCCGAACAUACACGACAGUAACAAACAGAAAGGAAAAAAAGAAAGAAAGAAAGAAAAGGUAGAUCGUACACGCACGCACGUAUAGUAGUACGAAACCGAGAGAGCGAAAAAAAUGGCCAUGGUCCCGACAUGCUCCGUUUUGAUGUUUCGUCCUCUGGUGCAUGCUGCGCUCUUCAUGUUCCUCGUCGUUCUUCCGAGCACUUCUAUCGCGGAUAACACGGGCACGACGAAACCGCCCCCGUGCUCAAGUGAGAUAUACUGCCACGGCGAUCUGCUGCACACGGUACAAAUGGCCGGCAUAUACAAGGACUCCAAGUACUUCGUUGAUAUGAAGAUGAAACGGCCGGCAAACGAGACGUUGGCGUCGUUCUGGGCCUUCAUGAAAAGCGUGAACAACGCGCCGAACAAGCACCAGGUGGAGAAGUUCAUCAAUGACACAUUCGAGCAGCCAGGUUACGAGUUCGAGGACUGGGACCCGGCCGACUGGACGGCCACUCCCAAGUUCCUGCAGAACAUCGAGGACGACGAACUGCGGAAGUUCGGCUCCGAUCUCAAUCACAUCUGGAAACUGUUGGGCAGAAAGAUGCGGGACGACGUGCGGAUUAACGAGCAGCUCUACUCGAUCAUCUACGUACCGCAUCCGGUGAUCGUGCCCGGUGGACGAUUCCGCGAGUUUUAUUAUUGGGAUUCGUACUGGAUCAUCAAAGGCCUAUUGUUGUCGGAAAUGCACAACACCGUCAAGGGCAUGCUGAACAAUUUCGUUAAGAUAGUGGAUAAGAUCGGUUUCAUACCAAAUGGCGGUAGAAUCUACUAUGCGAUGCGCUCGCAUCCGCCACUGUUGAUACCUAUGGUAGACGAAUAUCUGAAGAUCACCCAUGACGACGUCUGGUUGAAGGAGAAUCUCUGGUUGCUGGAGAAAGAGUUCAACUUCUGGAUGACCAACCGUACCGUGGAUAUUGAGAAAAAUGGGAUCAAUUAUACGCUCGCUAGGUAUUACGAAGAGUCAUCAGGUCCCCGACCGGAGUCUUACAAGGAGGACUAUCUGACGAGCCAAAGUUUUCGAACCGCCGAAGAGAAGGACAAUUAUUAUUCGGAAUUGAAAACGGCGGCCGAGUCCGGAUGGGAUUUUUCCAGUCGAUGGUUCGUACACGAGGGUACCAACAAGGGUAAUCUAACAAAUCUCAAGACCAGAUCUAUAAUUCCGGUCGAUCUGAACACCUUCUUACAUCGAAACGCUAUACUGCUGGCGCAGUACAAUCGUCAGAUGGGUAAUGAGACAAAGGCCGCAUAUUACGAUGACUUGGCUGAGAAAUGGAAAGAGGCGAUCAAGAUGGUAUUGUGGCACGAGGAGGUGGGUGUUUGGUUGGACUACGAUAUAUUGAAUGACAUCAAGCGAGACUACUUCUAUCCGACUAAUAUUUUGCCACUCUGGACGGACUGCUAUGACACUUCUAAGAGAAGUGAAUACGUGUCGAAGGUGCUUAAGUACCUCGAAAAGAAUCAGAUCAUGUUAAAUCAGGGCGGCAUACCGACGACAUUAGAACAUUCCGGUGAACAAUGGGACUAUCCCAAUGCCUGGCCGCCUCUCCAGUAUUUCUUCAUCAUGUCGUUGAAUAACACAGGCGAUCCAUGGGCGCAGAGACUAGCCUACGAGAUUAGCCAGAGAUGGGUCCGUAGCAAUUAUAAGGCUUUCAAUGAGACUCACAGCAUGUACGAAAAGUACGACGCGACCGUCUCGGGUGGCCACGGUAGUGGAGGUGAGUACGAAGUACAACUUGGUUUCGGCUGGUCAAAUGGACUCGUUAUGACAUUGUUGGAUAAGUAUGGUGACAGGUUGACCGCGGAGGAUUACUUUUCGGCAGACGCCGUGGUUGAGAGUGCGGCGUCUGCACCGCCAGUCAUUUCACCAGCUGGUCAAAUGCUAACCGGGCUUCUAGGUAUCAUCAUAACAUUAGCAGCGGGAUUUAUAGGGUGAGACAUCCAUGUGACCUAAAUCAGCUAGCAUAAAAUUCGCGAAAAGAUACAUUAGAAAAAUCGAUACGUAUCGAUCGAUGAUAGUAGAUACUUCCAGUCUUGAAGAAACGGAAAUUGAUCUAAAUAAUAUUUUCACUCUUUUUUCUCGCUCGUUUGAUUUGUAUGAUUUAAUAAUUGAACGAUCGAUGAAGAGAGCGUAAAACGGGUAUAAAAGGACCAAAUAGAAGCAAGUGCGGGCACUGUUCUUCUUAUAUUAUUGUAAGACACUCCAAGUGUGCGAGAGGGCCUCGAAAACAGCGUCAUUUUUAUUCUUUUGCCACACAUGCUUCCAAAGAAUAUUCUAUAAGCCACAGGAUAUAUUAUAUAUUAAUGAUAUUAUUUGCAUUUAAGUAACAUUUUAGAAGGGACAUGCAUCUUUGUUGCCUUACUUGCGAUAUGUCAUUGAUAUCGUACUGUUGUUUAAAUUUAUUAUCAUAUGAUAUUGUAUCUACCAUUCCGCACUUUUUACAUUCCUCAUAAUUUAUGAUUAUUUUACUAAAAAUAUCUGUAGUACAUAUUUUCUCUGAGAUUGUCUCUAAGAGUAUAUCGCCAGUAUGCCUAAACAUAUUUGCAAAUAUGUGCCUUUUUAGUUAUGGAAUUAUGUCGUUAUAUUAUUUAUAGGAAUGUCUUGGUCCUUCUCACUGACGGCUAACGUAGACAGGAUCUAUUAUCGCUAGACAAUCUUACUUAAUCGCUCCAUCAGACGUGCGCUGUUAUGAGGUAUAUUCUGUGAUCAUUUAAUGAACUACUUCGCUGGUCGAAUUAUGUUCUAUUAUCCUUCCAUUGCAGGAAUUUAUUCUUUAUCUUUAGAUCUAAAACUUUAAAAAUACCGCAGGCGAUAUCUCGAAUUUAGUUUCUACGACGUAUACUAUAAAUCGCUGUAUAUUAUAUUUUAUUUUGAGAUUAGCCAUUGAUACACUACUGUACUAGUAUUAUUAGGAUAGAUAAAUUAUUAUAUCGCGCAUAUCUAUGUAACAAACAAAAAUAUCAAUGUCUCCAAGAUUUUCCGGAGACCGAUUCCUCAGAAUAAGGUUCCUUGACAGGAAAAAGGAAAGGUACAAAAGUGAGAAAAUGAAAAAAUUAAGGGAACAGUUUGCAGCAAGACUAGUUACAAAAUAAAAGAUACAACGGGAAAGAUUCCACUCUCUCUCUCUCUCUCUCUCUCUCUCUCUCUCUCUCUCUCUCUCUCUCUCUUUCUUCUGAGAGACGAGUGGACUCAUCUAGUCAGUUAUGCGUACGGCGCCUAGCUAUCUUAUUUUUAUGAGUCGCAAUAACAACAUCGUGAAGGCUCGGCGUCGCCAAAAUUACUCCUCUAAUCUUCGUCGUUACUCGAAGAGUGCCUUAUAUAUAACUUGAAUCUAAAACGGGCGGAUAACACGAAGUAUUAAACGAGUUGAGGAAAGCGCGAGAGGAUGGACAAUGAACGAACGACCGUUGACGGUUGACAGUCCA